AAAAUGGACGAUGGGCACGCUAAAAUGACCGGUUUGUGAUCUAGUUUGUGUAAAUAAUUAUUGAAUAGAAUUACAUAAAAACGCCAAGAUAUUGGUUAAUGUUUUCCACCACUUUUCGAUUAAUAGAUUUAUCGAAACAAGCAGCAAGAUGAGUGACAACUUGGAGAAAUUGUACGAAAAGUAUAAUAUUUUAUCUGAUGCCAAAGACAAGGUCUCCCAGCAUUUGAACGAAUAUGUCGAGAGCAUUGAAGGUAUCAAAGGCAACGAAAGUGAGAAAAUGCUGGCAGCACAAAUACUUUCGAAAUUUUUCAAACACUUUCCCUCACUGCAGGAUAAAGCUUUGAACGCGUUGCUGGAUUUAUGUGAAGACGAAGAAAGCAAAAUUCGAGCAUGUGCGAUGCGGUAUUUGGUUUCUGUUUGCAAAGACGUGAAGGAGCAUUUGACUAAAGUCACUGAUAUUCUUGCUCAAAUGAUGCAGUUGGAAGAACAGCGUGAUUACACAACUGCUUCUUGGUGUCUUUUGCAGCUAUGGAAGGAAGAUUCAGUCAAUGUACUUAGGACUAUGUAUAACCAUAUUCGUUCUUUGAGCAACGCCGCAGCUAGGCUAAAAUGCCUCCAUUUCAUUCACCUGAAAUUUAUCAAACCCAUUGAAAGUCAACCAACAGAAAUAGAGAAUAUUGUUGUUGAAGAGUCCAAGAAGCUUUUACAAUUGCAGGAUGAUAUUAGCUCUGAGGAAAUCGUAUUGAUAAUAGGGUGCUUAAAAAAUUCAAAAUACGGAAAAACUGCAGCAGGUCAACAGGAACUCCUAGAUUUCCUUUCAGAGAUCAUGGAACUUGAUCGAGACUUUGAUCCACUUGAAGAUUGUAUUGUUGACAGAGUCAUCAUUUGUACCACACACGCUCUUCCUUUAUUUUCAGCAAAAAACGAGUCAACAAAAUUCGUGGCUUAUUAUUGCGAUCAGAUUCUCCCCCAGUGGGACAAAAUCGCUACCUUGGACCAAGGAGAAUUGUUCCAACUUCAUUUAUUGAGACAUUUGGCCGAACUUAGUAUCUAUUGUGGCAAAUUUGAAAACCCCUCCUUGCACGUAGUUCAAAUUUUUGACAAAAUCAAGUUGUACAUGCCAGCACCUCCAGAGAAUGCCGAUGUUUACAAAAUGCCCAACUUGGAGUUCUCUUUCGUUGAAUGUCUGUUGUUUGCUUUUCAUCGUUUGGCUCGUCAGUGUCCAGAUUUUCUCACUCAUGACCCCCAAAUCUUGAAAGAUUUUAGAGCAAGACUGGUUUAUUUUUCUAGAGGGGUACAAGGCUGCAAUAAAGUUUUAAAUUCAAAACCCAUUACAGGAUUGGAUCCUGUCAAUACUACAAAAGCAAAAAUUGCCCCCUCACUACUCAACAACAUCAACGUUUUGAUCAAAGACUUGUUUUAUCAACCCCCAAUGUACAAAUGUAACGUCACACUUUCUUUCAAACAGGAAAUUGUGGAGAAAGAAUUGAAAAAACCAGCCACCACUAGUGGACAAAAAAGACAUGUUCCUAUCACUUUUGAUAAUGGAAAUACAGGGGCUAAACAUAGUCGACCAACUCGUUCCGGGGACAAUGUCAAAUUGUAUACACCCCCUAGUGGAAAGUUUAGUAAUAACUUCCAGUAUGAUCGUGGGGGUUCACGGGGUAAUCGGUCAAGGGGCCGUGGCUCAAGAGGGAGGGGCCGAAAUUGGAGGAAUUAAUUUUUAGUUGUUUUUUAGCACUAUUGCAAAAAUGCAAUUCAAAACAAGUUCAUGCUUAUUCUUAGUAAGAUAUCAAAAAUAUCCUUAUACACAAUCUGCUUGCGUUGUAAAUAGAUGUUUUUUUCUACUAACUCGGAUUUAAAUGACAGUGUGUUGAUUUUAAUAAUUUGUGGAAAGUAUUUAGAGAUUAAAUUGAAUUUGUUUUCUAUACUUAGUAUUCAAUAAAACGAUUUGGAAAAUUAA